CAACUCCCAGAAGCCCUUUGGGUGUCGGUCUGGCUCUGAAAGUGAAAACAAACUUCAGGGCUGCCCGUUUCAGGGAGGGAAAGCGCCACAUGUUUCGUUUCUCUUUUGUUUCCGCUCCGGGAGCCUAGUGAUGCGUAAAGGGAGCGGGCGAGAACCGCCUUCCCAAGCGGGGCAGCAGGAGGAGCGCGCAAGUUCUCCGCGCCGGGCUUGAAGCCAAGGAAACUCCGGCUGGAAGGCCGGGCAAGAAGCGGCAGCCGCUGCUGCCGCCCGGUGCAUGCAGUACGCCUCGAAGGAGCCGCGCGGGCGACCUGCGAACGGGAGUCCGGUUCCCGCUGCGCCGCCAGCCGCCCUUGGAGCGAGGGGCUUUGGGUGCAUCUCUCCCGCUUUCUCCUGAAGCAUGUGGGGCUGAAGGGGGGGAAGCAGCGAUUUCUCUGCAACCCCCGGAGCAAUAAAUAAACAUGGAGGCGACGGCUGCUGCUGCUGCUGCAGAAGAGAAGCCAGGUGGCGAGGAGCAGAACCCCCCGGGCUCCGGCGCGGAGGCCCCGGCAGAUUCCUCCAUGGACGCCUGCCUGCGAUCUCAGGGGUUGCACCGCAAGCGAGUGGCGAAGGACGGGUCAUGUCUCUUCCGAGCCGUGGCGGAGCAGGUUUUCCAUUCCCAGGCUCAACAUCUGGACAUUAGGAUGGCCUGUAUACACUUCCUGCGGAACAACAGAGAGCAUUUUGAAGCGUUUAUAGAGGGACCAUUUGAAGAAUACCUGAAGAGUCUUGAAAAUCCUCAGGAAUGGGUUGGACAAGUGGAAAUAAGUGCCCUUUCUCUUAUGUACAGAAAAGACUUCAUAAUAUAUCAGGAACCAAAUUCUGCUCCUUCACGUGUAACUGAAAAUGGCUUUCCUGACAAGGUAUUGCUGUGUUUCACCAGUGGAAGCCACUACGAUAUUGUCUAUCCAGUAGAAUACACGGUCAAUGCUGCUCUUUGCCAGUCUAUUCUGUAUGAAAUGCUGUAUGAGAAGGUGUUUGGUCUCGAUGUGAGUAAAAUCUUAAAAGAACUCAGCCCUCCUGAAGUGACUAAGGAUGCCGACGGAAACAGUGAAGCGUCUGAUUCAGAGGAUGGAGACAUGGAAAGUGAAAUGGCUGCAACAAAUAAUACCAAUGGAUUGAAGCCACCUGAAGGCAAACAGCAGCUUCACAAACGUGGAAGAUCCAACUCCCUUACCUUACCUAGAGGAGUUCUUAGGUCACUGAAUCCGUCAGUCUACCAAAAUAUUGAAUAUGAAGCCUGGCAGCAGUCAAAACGAGAUCAGCAAAAGCAAGAUUUCUCUAUUGCUGCUGGCAUGCAGUAUUCAGUUGGUGAUAAAUGCAAAGUACGUUUAGACCAAAGUGGAAGAUUCUAUAAUGCUCACAUCCAAGAAGUACAGUCUCCAAACGGGCCAGUUGUUGUUUUUGUGGAAGAGCUUGGUGCCAAGCAUUCCGUACUCCUGAAGAACCUUAAGCCAAUCCCACAAGCAGCUCCUCUGGAAAGCUGGAACACUGUGCCAGGGAAGAAGAUAAAAAAGCCAAUUUCACCACAUGGACAGUUUAGUCAUUUUGAUGGAGACUUCAGAGGGUCAAAGAAUCCAAACAAGCCAAUGAAAAACCCAUCAGGGCUGCCUCCUCGACUGCAUGGCACGAAGCAGCAUCACAUGUCCUGCCCUGGGAUUUAUUUCCAGCAAACUUCUCCUGAACACAGCACUCCAGGCAGAAAUCCCUCGCAGGCAUUAAGAAGGGCAGGUCGUGAGAGAGCAGAAGACUUGGAGUAUACGAACAGCAGAGAUUGUAACUACUUUGGCCUUUCUCCAGAGGAGCGCCGGGAGAGGGAGGCCAUAGAGGAAACACAUUCACUUUAUGAAAUUCAGUUCUGGGAUGAAGUAGCCUUUCCUGCGCUUUCGAACCCAUCAGUGUCUCAGGUAGCUACUCAAACUACUGAUAACACUGGAUGGAGAAAACACCGAGCAUCUAAUGGUGGAGGAGGAGGAAGAAGAAGAAGUAGUUUGAAAGAAGAGAAGGGGAAAAGCAAAAAUGCGGAAGCAAAAGAGGAAAAAGAAUCUAACCCUGGGCAGAUCCUCAUAGAUCAGAAUUUUGAGCCAAAAAUAUCUGAGAACCAUGGAGAAGCUUCACGAAUAUCGCCUCCCUCAGGUCAUGGGGAUUCACAAUCCCCAUUUUUGGAACAAAGCUUCCAGGAACACAUACCAGGCGUGACUCCUCCUCCUCCAUCUUUGGCCUUUCACGAGAUGCAUUUGCCUCCUCCAGUGCCUUCUGUGCCAGCCGUUGUGCCAGCUUGGCCAAAUGAGCCAACAACCUAUGGACCAACAGGUCUUCCACCUCAAAUACCUGUGUCCUCAGUGAUGCCGACGCCGGUGACUGGGCUAGAUCCCGCUCUGUCCCCAGUCCAUGUGACCUCCAGUCCAGUUACUGGCAUUCCAGUAUCGCUCCAAACAGUGAACCAGCCUCUAAUGCCUGUGCCUCAAACCAUGAACCUUUACCAGGACCCACUUUACCCUGGAUUCCCUCUAAACGAAAAGGGGGAGCGAGUCGGUACACCACCUUACUCCUUGUGCAGCACAGGGGAGGAUCUUCCCAAUGAUAAAAAUAUCCUCCGAUUUUUCUUCAACCUUGGUGUAAAGGCGUACAGUUGCCCCAUGUGGGCCCCUCACUCGUAUCUGUACCCUCUUCAUCAGGCUUGCCUAACAGCCUGCCGAAUGUACCCGAAGGUGUCCCUGGCAGUGUAUUCCCACAACCCUUGGAUACAAGAGGUUUCUUUAUCUCAGAAUGGAAAUGAAGCCGCCCGAAUAGACGGACACUUGCCUGGACAGAAUGAAGUUGGAAUGAAUGGCCAAAGUCCGCAGACUGACACCCGGCCUCCAUCUGUGCCCCUCUUCAUACCUGCUGCUCAAGUGCCUGAAAGCCAAGGACUUGUCUGUGUAGAGUCUGAGAAUCUAGGGCAAGGCCUUCCUGCUGAAUACGAGGAGUCCUUCGGGGGCCAAAGCAUGUUCCCACAACCUCAGUUUGGGCAGAAUCAAUUUCUAGGACCUGUUCCUGUUGCACCACUGUACUCUCAACUUUGGUAUGGGUAUCCUGUUCAGGGCUAUGUUGACAAUUCUGGGGUGAGACAAGUGGUUGUGCCCCCUGUGGACAAGAGAGCUGAUGAGGGCCUUGCUGCAGUGACGGGAUAUGCGGAGUCGUUUCAGAAGGCAAGGAGUGAAAACAGCACCCAAGGCUUACCUCUCUCUGCAGCCACUGCAAAGAGUGACUGUAACGUUCUAAAUAAAACCUCAACCAGAGUGCCUAGGGAGAAGCAGGCUUGUCCUGCUGCACCAUCUGCUACACAAGCAGAGCCUCUACUCCAAAACCCAUCCACAGAGAUGCAGGACAGCAGAAGACAAGUGGUGUCAACGCCAAAAAGAGAAUUGAAAAACACUGCUUUUAGCCAUAAAGAGAAGAAUGACCAAGCCAGUGCAGGCCUGGAGGAUUGUCGGGUACAAAGGCCAAGGGAAGAGAGUUCUGAAGAUGAGCAUGAAGUGUGUGAUAUGCUGAGGAGUGGCCGGUCAAAACAGUUUUAUAACCAAACUUAUGGAGGUGGCAGAAGGCCUAGAGGUGAAUGGGGCUACCCUCCUGGACGGGGAGGAUACCAUUACUCGAGAAAUGAAGAAACCUGGAGGGGACCACACAGCAGAAGCAGAGAUGAUGGCUUUCAGUAUCACCGCAAUUAUAGAGGAAGGCCAUAUCGGAAUGACAGAAGAAGAGCAAACAUGGGAGAUUGUUAUCGUGGGCAGCAGCUGCCUUAAGAGUACUUCUUCUGGAAGGUUUCAACAUGCACAUGCAUAUUGGAAUGUGCCCCAAGGUUUCCCCUUUUUGUUUUCUUUAAAGAGAGGAAUUCCCUUUUGUAUUUUUGAAGAGUGACGUGAGGCCCAAGGGGAAUAACCUCAUGAGCGUUAAAUAACUUUUGGAAAUUAAAAAUAUAAAUAAAUAAAUGCUAGUUGGUUUAUUUAAAUUCCAAAAACUAUAUAAACUAUUGUGUUUAAAAUAUUGAAAGGUAGGUUUGGUGUUUGGACCUUUUCUUUGGAAUUUAUAAUAGAAAAAAGUGGCUACAAUGGAAACCUACUGCAGUUGAGUAUUUUGACAGAUGACAGUGAAGAAUGUUGAACCAAAUAGAAUGUAUGUCCUCGCAUACUGCAUCUUGGGUCUUAACACUUGUAGCUUUCUGGACAGUUGACUUUGAUGUGCUUCCAAUCCAAAGGCCUUUCAUCUCAAAAAUCUGUGAAACUUGAACAUGUGAGGUUGCAUUUUGCUUCAAUUAAGAUGCCACAUAUGGUAGUCGACUAUCCUCGUGUGUCCUAGGUGGUUGAUAGUGUCUGACUCAUAGGGGUAUAUAUUUUUUUAAUUUUAUAAAGCAUUUCUUGAACUUGUAAAAAGCAAUCGAGAAUACUCGUGUAUAAACUGGUAGGAAGUUUUGGUGAAUUCUUCCAGGCAGUCUUAACACUGGUAUGAUUGUAAUGGUGCCUAUGCCAACUAUGUACCCUCAACAAAAGUAGAUGCUGUGCAUUUCCAAAAUAGUUUUGCAACUGUUACAACAGAACUUUUAAGAUACUUUUGCACUGACAAAUCCUUAAAACACUUGCUAUGUGAGAAAUGCAUGGGCUAGAUGUAAGCUUCCCUUUUCUGUUUAAGCAAGGCUUAGGCAGUGAGUUGCUGUUAAGCCUCCUCUGCCCCAUUACACUGUGGAAAUGUUUGUAUUGUUUGUUCUUGCCUUUUUUUAAAGCCUCCUUCCUGCCUAUAUAUAUAAAUAUAUAUAAAGCCUGGUUUCCCAUCUUUGAGUGGGAGAUUUCUAAUUUACAUUACACUAUCAAUCUGGUUGCUUUCUUUUGCCUUACAAAGCACUGAAAUAUGUGCUCCAUUUUUUUUCUCUCUGUAAAGUUGAACUGUGUAUAUUUGUGUGUGUAUAUCAGUGGAGAAGGUGAUGGCUACUACUAUUUUGUGUCCAAGAGAUUGUAUAACUUCCAUCAGGAGACUUGAAUGAUACUGUUUGUGAACACCCUUCUGAUGCAUGCUAUAAUUAAAAAAGUUUUGUUUUUUCUGAA